GCAUAAGCCUAUGUUAUAUUCCGCUCGUAGGCAGCCCACCUAAAACCAAUAUACUCUUUUUAUUUACAAUAAUUUUCUUAGGUAAAUCAAUGAGUUGUUUUCUUUGGACCGUUCGACUACUCUUUGACGUGAUAUUCAAGCAUUAAUUUAUCAACCAUUGUGAAUCAGCGUGCACGUUGCUUGCAUCACUAACAUUCCAUGAAAAUUUUUAGACUAUUAUAAUUCUCCGGUUACUAAACGAUUCUUACCGUAAUCUUUAGUCGCUCUCUGUCAAAGAAAGCAACGUUUAUGAAAGAAAAAUAUCUCAGUUCUUCCCCUAUUUGUUCUUGAUGGUGCGAAGUUUCACCGUGGAGAACAAACAAGAAUCGGAGACAGAAGCAGGCGAGGAAUCACCUAAGGUAAUGCCAUCAGCUGAAAACCGGAGAAAGCGAAAUCUUGAAAGAAGAGACAUCGCACAAGCGUUGAAUUUUGAUGAUAAUCGUUUAGAAAAACUCUCAUCGGUGAAGACAGCUGGAACUCAAACGUCCCCUUUGCAGACUGUAAACCCUGUAUCUGCAGCAAAGUCAAGAAUUGAUUCUGGGCCACCUCCUCUGAUUUCAAUUGUUCCAAAAUCAGAAGAUAAUGGAUAUAUGCAUUCUCACUUACCUCCACACUCUCGACCAUCUGUAAUCACAUCCACUAACAUCAUGCGAAGGCCAGUUGGUUUUAUGGGACCAUCACACCUGUAUGGCCCUGCGGAAAUGUUUUGUUAUCCAGGCCCUCACAGACGUGAAAUUGUUGAGUCAGGAAUCAUUGAUCCUUUUGUAGAAGAACACUUUCGUAGAAGUCUUGGUGAGGACUAUAAGUGUGUGAGCCCAACAUCAAUGUCUACAGCAGGUUCAGUUGACGAUCACUUUGCAAAGGCUCUUGGCGACACGUGGCAAAAGCUAAAGAAAUCUGAAGUAUCCACUCAAUCAUCAAAUCCACCUCAGCUGCAGUCAAUUAUCUCACCUGCAAACUGAGUAUUGGUUUUGUCUUCCCUAAAUACUCUUCAGAUUACUGAAAAACAGACCCUGCAAGGUGUGCACUGUUUUCAGUGUCCUGCAGUUGGUUGAGUCCCCUGUCAAAUGUUCAUGAGUGGCAGUGGAAGAUAAACCCUUAGAAAAUUCAGCUAUGUGUAAAUGAGAAAGUUAUAAAUCACUGCAAAGUUGAGUUUAUUUAGAGUGUAGAGAACCUGCAAUGCUUGAACUUUUCAGUUCAAAAGAUCAUUUCAGGUAUAUUUUGACUUGCUUUCUGUUGAAUGUGCCUUGAGUUACAUACUAAGUUGAAUUCUACACAAAUCAUCAAGCUUUACCCUUCCUCAACGUUAUCAGUUGUAUGGUAAGGCCAUUCUGCAGGGUUACCAUCUGUUUUAAAAAAAGGGAAUCUGUUUGCAUAGUUAUUUUUUAUACAUGGAGAAAAAGAAAAUUGAAAAGAGUUAAUUAAUAUGUACAAUAAACAAAUUCAGCCACUUAGUUAUUAAUGAUUUUUCACUUUUCUUUAUUUUUAAGCAACUGUUAAAUGUAAGGUUCAUUUUGUCAGUUAUCAAUGAGGGGUAGUUAUGGUUCAUCGUACAUUUUUUUUUAUUAUUAGUACCAAAAAACUUGAGCAGAUUCCUUACAUUGAAUUUAGUAAACUAGACAGGUUUUACAAAGUAAAACUAUUCGUGACAUUUGACACCAAUCAGAUUUCAACAAGCUACUUCCAACAAUAUGUUGAUUUUCACAAAAGAAGUUUGGAUACAGUGUGAUCAUUAUUUUUCAGUGAUUUUUAGACCAAUAUUAUUGUUACAUGUAAGAUCUACAUGUAUUUGGGAAAGACAAGAUUAAACAAAUUAGGGAAACUAGACUUUUUCUUUCAAGAACACUGCCAUGAUUGCUUUUAGUUUUGCAUAAGAACCAUUUUAGCUAUUAAACUAGCUCUAAAACACAGGAGUCUGCAACUGACUGACCUGACUCAAUCAGUAUCCUCAAGGCUAUGUCCAGUCAGUACCGGUACAAAAAUGGUCUGGUCCAGCUAUGUGUCCUUCAUAUGAGGCAGAUUCAGUGCCAGUUUCGUACAUGAUCAACACAAGCAAAUCCUUUGCUAAGAAGUCUCUGACCACAUUAGUUUGGAGACUAGUCCCGUGGGAACAUAGCCAAUGGGCUUUAAGGUCUUAUAGGGUUGGUCCAGUUUGAGUCACAUUUUUGGCCUGGAUCAUUUGGAACCGACUCUGUGAGAGCAUAGCCUAGCAAAGUUAAAAAUUAUCUUGUGGAUUGCAUUAGGUAGGCACAGGCAUUUUCGUAGGCUUUUUGAAUUUCUGUCAACUUGUUACUCCGCUUGUAACAUUGUAUUUGGUCAGGUUACCAUUUGUGUGGCAGAUCAGAUCUGUUCACAUUGUUGACUUGUACCCUGAUGACUCUUGGUGCAAGUCAAUUGAUAUGGUGUUGGAGCAAGUAGUGCGACAAGUUGUUAAUUAUAGAGCUCGUAAGAUAAUUGUAACAUAGUGUGGACACAGGUGUCGAGAGCUAUUUAAUAUAUUGUGUAGUAAUUAAUGUAAAUAUCUUUACGGUUGCUAAGAAGUUUAUUAAACCUUGGUUUAAUCGUC